AUGUCAGCCCCUUUUUAAGAGAAGGAAGCUCUAGCUGACAUCUUUGGUUAUAUAAAAGAUGUAGAUGAGCAAAAGUUUUGUGUCAUAUUAGAAAAUUUAAGAAAGGAAAAGGUUUAAGACAUCAUAGGAUAUCUUUUAGAUAACUGGAAUCAAAGCCAAUUAGAAUCAUGCAUCUUACAAAAAGGAGAGAAUAUCACCCUGGCUGAUAAAGAAUAGAAAUUGUCUGUUGUUAGAAAUGAUAUCAAAUAAAUCACAGAAGUCUUAAAAAAAUUAAAAGACCAUGAAUUCAAUAAGUUAGACUUUUCCUCUAAAAAAAAUGAAGAAUCUACAUUAAGUCUUAUUAACAGCAUCAAGGAUAAUAGUAGGAUCAUUGAAUUUUUGUAAUUUUUAGUUCACAUCACAUCCAUAGAUGAAACUUUGAUAUAAUGUGGGUCUAAUUCAAUACAUAUAUUAGUUUAUAUGAAGGUUGACCUUAGAAAUAAAAAUUUUGAAAAAAUAAAGAUCUAAAAUACAUCCCUAUUAGGAGCUAAUUUAGUUAGGUGUAAUUUUAGUGAAUCCUAAUUUAAAAAUGUCAACAUAAGUGGAAUAAAUCUGAAUGGGGCGUUAUUAUUAAAUUGUAAAUGGAGUGACUUACGAAUCUCUGAAUUAUAAAAAUUUCAUGGUCAUAGUAAUGCUUUCAACUCAGUCUGUUUCUCUCCUGAUGGAAAUACAUUAGCUUCUGGUAGUGCUGAUAAAUCUAUUGGUCUUUGGGAUGUCAAAACAGGAUAAUAAAAAGCCAAAUUAAAAAUUCAUAGAGGAAGUGCUUGGUCAGUCUGUUUCUCUCCUAAUGGAAAUACAUUAGCCUCUGGUAGUGAUGAUAAGUCUAUUCGUCUAUGGGAUGUCUAAACAGGAUAAUAAAAAGCCAAAUUAUAUGGUCAUAGUAAUGAUAUCAACUCAGUCUGUUUCUCUCCUGAUGGAAAUACAUUAGUUUCUGGUAGUAGUGAUAAGUCUAUCCGUCUAUGGGAUGUCAAAAUAGGAUAAUAAAAAGCCAAAUUAGAUGGUCAUAGUAAUGCUGUCAACUCAGUCUGUUUCUCUCAUGAUGGAAAUACAUUAGCUUCUGGUAGUACUGAUAAGUCUAUCCGUCUAUGGGAUGUCAAAACAGGAUAAUAAAAAGCCAAAUUAGAUGGUCAUAGUGGAUAUGUCUUCUCAGUCUGUUUCUCUCCUGAUGGAAAUACAUUAGCUUCUGGUAGUGAUGAUAAGUCUAUCCGUCUAUGGGAUGUCAAAACAGGAUAAUAAAAAGCCAAAUUAGAUGGUCAUACUAGUACUGUCUACUCAGUCUGUUUCUCUCCUGAUGGAAAUACAUUAGCUUCUGGUAGUGAUGAUAAGUCUAUCCGUCUAUGGGAUGUCAAAACAGGAUAAUAAAAAGCCAAAUUAGAUGGUCAUACUAGUACUGUCUACUCAGUCUGUUUCUCUCCUGAUGGAAAUACAUUAGCUUCUGGUAGUGAUGAUAAGUCUAUCCGUCUAUGGGAUGUCAAAACAGGAUAAUAAAAAGCCAAAUUAGAUGGUCAUACUAGUACUGUCUACUCAGUCUGUUUCUCUCCUGAUGGAAAUACAUUAGCUUCUGGUAGUGAUGAUAAGUCUAUCCGUCUAUGGGAUGUCAAAACAGGAUAAUAAAAAGCCAAAUUAGAUGGUCAUACUAGUACUGUCUACUCAGUCUGUUUCUCUCCUGAUGGAAAUACAUUAGCUUCUGGUAGUGAUGAUAAGUCUAUCCGUCUAUGGGAUGUCAAAACAGGAUAAUAAAAAGCCAAAUUAGAUGGUCAUACUAGUACUGUCUACUCAGUCUGUUUCUCUCCUGAUGGAAAUACAUUAGCUUCUGGUAGUGAUGAUAAGUCUAUCCGUCUAUGGGAUGUCAAAACAGGAUAAUAAAAAGCCAAAUUAGAUGGUCAUACUAGUACUGUCUACUCAGUCUGUUUCUCUCCUGAUGGAAAUACAUUAGCUUCUGGUAGUGAUGAUAAGUCUAUCCGUUUCUGGGAUGUUCAGAAUGAAAAAGAAAUUUUACCAGCUGACAAAAAUUAUAAAGAUAUCUAAACUUAAUUUACUUUUUUAAAACAUACCUUUGCCAGGUAUUUAUUUAAUUAUUAUUUGUUAGUAUCCAAUAAUUUUACAAUUUUACGAAUAUCUCAAACACCAACAUUUUAAGCAUAAGGUGCUUUAAUUCUAAAAGGAGAAUUUAUAAAUCAUUAAGGUAUUGA